GCAAGCGAGCAUACUCGAGUACUCUGCGUAUAGCGCCACACAGAUUUUUCACUGCAGCCAAAAAAAUAAGGAUCCUUGGAACUUCUGUAUGGAAGGAACGGACAUCUUUUACUCCGGAAUUCAGUACUCAUUUCCACGAUUCCGAUGCCUUGAGUCAGGAAGACCAACCUGCACACCUCUUCCAGUCAUCCACCCGAUUGUUCCGGCGCAUAGGCGACCAUUUUUCUGGCGGAUUUAAGUCGGAAAUUCUGGGUUUUUUUUGCGGUUUCGUCCAUCGAGGAGACGCACACACGGUACCGGUGGAACGUGACGUGCUACAGGCCUGAUUCAAUCACCAUUGGACAAUACACAAACCCCGUUGACACGGCCUCGCUGGGGAAUUCGCACAGCUCGCUCCACAUCAUGGCGCUUUCGCUGGAUUUUAUCCUCUCAUUGGGGACGAUUUUGACUGUUUUUUCGGGAUUUUCGGUGGCUCUCUCCGGACAGAAUGGAUGUGCCGAUGUUAGGGACGCUUAUCAGGAUAAGGGAUUUAGCACAAACGAAGUGCCAGAUUUCGCGGUCUCGGGGGAUCACCUCAGAAUAUGUCAACAGAGUUUUACCUGUUGCACGGCGGACAUGGAGGAGAAGCUCAGUCAGACCAGCACCAAGGACUUUAAAGAUAUAGUUUUCGCAAAGAGCAGCUCGAGUAGGGAGUACUUUAUCCGGAGGGCGGAGCGAUUUGACAAUUUUUUCAAAGAGUUGAUCGAUAGGGGUCAAUUGGAUCUCCGCUACAUGUUCACAGAAACCUACGGGUCGCUAUACCAGCAGAACUCUGAGUUCUUUGAUGAGCUCUUUGAGAACUUUCGCCGGUACUACCACGGUCGGGACCUGGACCUGGCUGAGACCAUGGAGGACUUCUUCACGGAGCUGCUGCGGCGGAUGUUCGUCCUGCUCAACCCCAACUAUGAGUACACAGACGCCUUCUGGGAGUGCGUGGCUGAGCACACGGCCGAGCUCAAGCCCUUUGGCGAUGUGCCCCAGAAGCUAACGCUCCACGUCAAGCGGGCGUUCAUUGUGGCCCGGACAUUUGUCCAGGGGCUGUCCGUCGGCCGGGACGUGAUCUCCCAAGUGUCAGAGGUAACGCCGUCAGCGGAGUGCCAGAAGUCCCUGAUGAGGAUGUCCUAUUGCCCCCACUGUCGGGGCCUCCCCGACACCAAGCCGUGCUACAACCUGUGCCUGAACACGUUGAAGGGCUGCCUGGCCGAGCAGGCGGAGCUGGAUGCCGCCUGGAACAAUUACAUAGAUGCCAUAUUGGCACUGGUAGACCGUCUGGAGGGACCAGUGAACAUCGAGUUUGUCAUGGAGCCCAUUGACAUCCGAAUCUCAGAGGCCAUCAUGAACAUGCAAGAAAAUGCCAUCACAGUCACAACCAAGGUUUUCACCGGGUGUGGCAAGCCCCGCCUGAAAUCUCGGCUGACUAGGCGAGAUGCAGACACAGAGGAAGCUACUCUACCAGCUGGCAAUGUCACGGCUGGGGCUGAAGAUGGAGCUAGCACUGAGGGAGCCCCCGUUGGAGAACACGAGGCUGCUACCGGACGGGAGGCUGCCGGCGAGCGCCCCCCUGAAGGCCAACGUGAGGCCGCGGCCGGGCGUGGCGCCGACCAGCGCGCCCCCAGCACCAGGAGGCAGAGGCAGCGGGGGCGGGACCCGGGGCGGGGUCAAGGCCGGGGGCGGGACCAGGACCGCGGACCCCACCGCACCACGCCGGCCGACAACGUGCCCACCAUGGAGAAGCUGGUCAAAGACGUCCGCAGCAACCUGCGAGAGACCAAGGGUUUCUGGACGCUGCUGCCCUACAUGUUCUGUGACGACGUUGCAGCUGAUGUGGCCGUGGAGAACAUGUGCUGGAAUGGGCACUCCAAGGGCAGUUACACACAUCCUCCUGUUGGCAACGGCAUAGCCAAUCAGGUGGAUAACCCAGAGGUUCCCAUGGAGACAGCCCCACCCAACUUCCUCAUCAACAAGCACAUCACUUCCCUGCGCACCAUCACCAGUCGGCUGAAUGGCGCCUUCAACGGGGAGGACGUCGAAUGGGUUGACACCGAACCCUAUAGCAGCGGCUCGGGGAGUGGAAGUGGCUCUGGUGAUGGCAUAGAAGGCGGGAACGAGGUUGGAGUCAUCGGGGCCAAUGAGGUGGACUUCACAGAGGUGGAGGACCCAAUCUAUCGGCCCACCCGGAAACCCAACAGUGCCCCGUCGUUAUGCGUAGGUUAUGCAACUCGGUGGCUUCUCAGUGUGUGCGCAACGACCGUUUUUGCUUUCCGUUUGUUGUGGUAGUGACAGGGUACGUGUCCUUUUCUUCGUUGUUGCUUGUAGAUGUCAUGAAGUUCAUUUUGUUGAGUGUUUUUUGCUUUUUAAAAAGAUACAGAAACACGGGAACAGAUAUUUGGUGCUGAACCACAUGGGUAAAAAUGAUUACUUUCAUAUUUAGAGACCCUUUUAGGGGAAAACUCAAGUUGGCGUGAAAGAAAUGCCCCAACCUCGAGUCCAAAAAGAAUCAUAAGUGAUAUUGUGUGUGUCAUAAUCAAGGAUUCUCUAGUGUGAUGUUGUGAUGAUGUCAUCAGAUGUUGUGAUGAUGUCAUUAGAUGUUGUGAUGAUGUCGUCAGAUGUUGUGAUGAUGUCAUCAAGCAGCGACAACCACAUUGUAUUUCGAGGUGAAAGCAUUUUUGUAUCGGGUUGUAUCUUUGGUAACUAACAUUUACUCCAUCUAGGGCUCAAAAUCAAAGUUGAGGAAUAAAUUGGAGCCGUUUUUUUUCCCCCCAUGCAAAAUACUUCUCCUACUGAAAACUUUACUUUUUCAGAGGAAAUUUAAAUUGUACCAUGCUCAUUACAGACGAUAAUUUCAUACUCUUUAAAAGGGUCCCUUUUGUAAUGAAAAGAAAAGCUUUUUGUAAAAAAAAAAAGAGUAAAAUGCUGCAUGGUAUGCAUUUUAAUUAAUAUUUAUUCCCAAGUUAUUUUUAAGUUCUAGUCACAAAGAUAUUAGACAUUUGAUGCAGUGACUAGAAAGGGUUAAUUUUUGGACUCCAAAUGGAAAUGAGUUUGUGGACAAAAACAUGAGAGCUUUCUAAUUGUCUGCAAUUAUCAUUAUGCAUUGCAGCUUGAUGAAAGAGAGUUUUAAUCAAUUAAGCCAGCAUUGCUUACAGUCAAACUGGAAUUUGUUUUUAAUCCAACCAAAAUGAUGUAAUUGGUAUUUUAGAGAAUUUUUAUCAACCUGUUUGUCGUGCAUAUUCCAAUGAUUAAAUUACAGUGGCUUUUUCGAUACAAAAGUAGCUUAGAGUGUGAGCUUUUUGUAGUUUUUGCUUCAAUUCAUGAUUGCUUUUAAAUGUUUAUCAAAUCAAACAAACAUGUAUCAGUUGAAAAAAAAAGUUGCCCAGCUGGGAAAACUGAUUAUCAUAUUACAUGGAUUGAAACCGAUCCUUAAAGCAUUUUGAUUUGUGUAUUUGAUUGUGCGUACACGUUUAUGCUGAAGACCAUUUGUUGUGGUGCUUCUUCAGCAUUCUUCCCCAGCAAGGCAUUAUGGGACUGAACUGUGAGAGAAUCUGUUAGAAUUCUUGUACAUUUGACAUUGAAAAUUAAUCAUUUUUGAUGUAUAUUAUUGUAUUAUGUACCUCAGUUUUGAUGGUCAACAUUGUUUUUAUGGGCUCUCAAAAUCUUGAGUUAAAGUGAAAGUUUGAGAAAUUCUUCUUUUGUUAAUUUAGAAUGCCUUCGUCUGUAAUGACUGUCGUCAUCAACAUUUCCAAAAUAAUUGAGUGAAGUGUUUGUUUACAGAUGAGCAGGUUUUGUUGGGUAAGGUAAUUUAGAAAUUUGGGAAGCACGGGAACUUCAUGAAAACUUAAAUCAAGUCGCGGAAUUUCACUUCUGUAUAGUUCACACGGACGAUGUCUGGAUUGUUUGUCUCGUGUCUUGUUUGGAGACACGCUUUAUGAGUUAUCCAAUAAGACAACGUUUUUCUUGACCCGUAUUUAUUGGACAUAUUUCUUUAAAAAAAAAAUCCAUCAUCAGCAGUAUUUGAUGCAGAAAUGUAACUGAAAAUGAUAAUAAUAAAAAAACACACUUAAAUAAGGGCUUGUUUAAAACCAAAGCUAUGCAAAGUUUGCAUGCCACCAUGUGAGUGUUAUGGUAUAAUUUGAAGUAAACCGUUUUUGUACUUUUGUAUUGUUUCUGAUUUGUGUUCCCCCCUCCUCAGUAUUGUAGAAGUCUACAAAGCUGUACGCGUAACAUGCUCCGUCACAUGUCAUGUUCCUCUGUUUUUGCACCUGCUGUUUUCACGGGUCUUACUUUGGCCACAAUAACCGGAAUGUGCCACUGUUUAAUAGCAGCAUAGUCAAUCAGUGUGAUACUCACUCUCAGCAUCAAUGGCUGACUGUCCGGACAGCCUGAGUGACAGAUUUAGACCGCUGAAGAAUUCUCGUGAAAGCUCGCUGGAUCUCGUUGUCUUGCUGUUCUUUGCUUUGAGGCCGUGGCAGUGCACCCACGUUGAUAUCACUCCCCAAGCUUACAACAGAGUAGUGUUGUGUCCUUAUGACCUGUAGGGAACCAAUGAAAUACAAAUCCAGUGCAGUUGAAGUCAACCAGCUUGUUCUAAAGUAGUUUUGUCAAUGUUUUAUGUUUCUGGCUCACCUCUUUAGUUGGACAAACCGUAUCAUGCUUAGCAAGCGACAAUUCACCUAUCUGUAAAGCUUUUUGUUUGAAUGUACAGUUAACGCACUGCCUGUAGAGCUAAAAUACCUCAUGUAAGCGUUUUUAUCAAAGCGGUGAAGUACUUUUUAACCAAAUGUUUUUGUUAUAUUAUUGGUCGCUGUGUUGUUGGCACUGAGUGUUUCAUCGAGUUGUAACUGAAGAAAAUCUUAACUGAAAGAAAAAAAAAACAAAACAAAAAAAACAACUGAUUAAAAGGUGGACCAUAAAGUGUGGGUUUGCAACAUGUGAAUAUGUACAGAAUUAAUAGAUGUUGAUUAAAGAGACAGGCGAGAGGAGAGUCUGUGAGAGAGUGAGAGUAUGAGAGUGUCACCAAUGAAGAGAACAAUCUCUGUAUUUUAAACAAAAGAAAAACCAUGACGACUUGUAACUAUUUACUACUUAAAAACUUUAAACUAAAAAAAAUGUGUAAAAGUAAGAUUUUUUUGUAUUGAAGCUAGCUGCUGUAGAGAAGAUUAGUUUUGUGUAACUUAUUCAAAGUUUGGAAGUAUACAUAUCUGAUGGAGUUUGGUUUUCGUUUAUCAAACGGAAAAGGAGAGGUUUUACUUUUUGUGGAAGAUUUUUUUUGUUGUUGUUGUAAAAAUGGAUACAGGUAUAAUACCUCGAAUAUCCCCCCAGCCUGAUCCUAAAAAAGGGCAAGGGAAGUUUGAAGCCGCCAGUAUUUUUAACAGGGUAGAAUUAUUCAAGCUAGUUCUUUUUCUUUUCUGGCAUAGAGAGGAAUGCCUCUGAUUCAAAACUCAACUGGGGGAGAUUGUUCAAGAGAAUUAAUUGCAGGAAAUGUUACGCGUUUGUGUAAUGGUGUUUUUGAUACCGUGUGUGGAGAAAAUUGUCACAGUGGAAGAAGAAAAAAAAUUAAACAAGAACUGUGUUGUUUCCAGUCGUAUAUACAGUCAAGAUUUUAAAAUGAAAGUGCAGUCGGAAAAUUUGUGGAAAAAAAAAUGCACUUCAUUUCUCAUGACGAACGGGGGGCCAAAUGCCCACAGUUGUAAACAUUCUUUGAAACAGAAGUCUGCACUGUAAUUUUUCACGGCACCGGACGCUAUUUUUUGGACGGUACAAGUUGUAUGAUCGGCUUGAGCUUGUGGUUGUGCAUUGGUAGUUGGUACUUGGGUGUUGUCAAAUUCGUGAACUGUACAGAUUUUAAAUCAACUUUUGUCAUGUGUGGUCACACGAGGGCGCCAUUACUUGGCGGGGGGAAUGCCAAGGGAGGGCGCUGUAUUACAUGUAAACUAAAAAAAGGUAAUUGCCUGUUGGACAAGCACAUUGAACCUUGCAGUUAUCAUGCUUGUGCAAGGGGCAGGACUUGCAAAAAGCUGUAUAAAGAGAGAUGUGGUAAGGAAACUAACUUAUGAAAAGAGGGCACAUUUGACUAGUCAUAUUCUUUAAAGAACAUUGCGAAACAGCAGUUACCAAACUCUGUUGAUUUGGUAAGCUCCAAAAUGAUUUUCCUUUGAAAGUUAAUGCUUGUUAACGUCUUGAUAAAUCCAUUUUAGCAACUCUCUGUAUACAGCCUUUCAUGGGCACAUGAUGAGAGCCCUCUAGAUGUACAAUUUUGUCAGGUGAGAAAGAUAUGCCAGUCAUGUGUUCCUGUAAACAUUUUCAAAAUGAGCGCUCCCAUUGGACUGUUUCCUAAGCAACAAUUGCCAAGUAUUAUUAUCCAAGUUUAAUUUAAAUUUGCUUGUUUCUGCUAACUUUGAUUUAACUGCUAAAAUUGGAGCAGGCCUAAACUAGAUUUUCUUUUUAAAUUAUAACAGCCAACAGUAAGCCUUUAGUGUUGUGUACAAAAUGCUAGUUUAUUAAAGUUUUUAUAUCCUGACCUUUCCGGAGAUAUAUUGUCCUUCCUUACCGACCGAUAGAAACACAACAGUUUAACCAAAACUAGGAACCUAGAAUGAUCUUUGGCAUGUAUUAACAUGGGUUUACAAAAAGAAAAAAAUCUAAGUUGUUUACCUGUUUACCUCUGUAAUUCACAUUAGAAGUUUUACACUAGUGUUCAUAAAAUUGGGGUAUAUUGUUGGAACGCAGUUUCAAAGAAUUUAGAAUUUCACAGAAAGGUGUCAAUGGGAUGACAAAGUGAAAGGCAUGGACAGUCCGCAAUGAAUUUAUGAAAAAUUUCGUGGAGAGCACAUCAAGAACUAGAAGUCAUUCGAAUUAAUCUAAUGUAAAAGUUGUGUAUUUCGUUCGCCCCUGAAAAACCCUGAAAAUCUGAAGGCUUUACAUCUUUUGUAAAUAUAUCUGCUCCAAUGUUGUGUUCUGUAAAGUAUUUCUGUUGUUUGGCCUCCCACCAUCUUGUCUGGCUCCCUGACACUUGCUGUUAAUAAAGGCUCUAUUUAAAGGA